UCUGCAGUAAUUCAUGUCUGCAUAGUCUGUAUACAAUCGAUAACUUGGGAAAAACUGCCAUGUUCUGAAUGUAAAAAAUACCAUUAUCAUAAAUACAUCAUUUGAAACUGUGAUUGACUUCACCUAUCUGGGAUUCAAUGUGGCAGAUGAUAAUGAUGAAAUGAAAGAAGUUCAGAAAAUAUUAAGCAUGGCAAACCGCACUUUCUUCUCUCUACUGAAAAUAUUCAAAUCCAGAAAUGUCCACAGAAAAACCAAGGAUAAUUCAUUUAUGGAAUGCAGCCCGGAACACAAUUUGAUGGGAAAUUGCCAGUGUUUAUAUUUCCAACAAGCAUUGUAUUCUACUUAGAAGAUAAAACAUCUCAUAAGCAAGUUCUUACUCUUUAUAAUCCGUAUGAUUUCGUUAUCAGCUUCAGAGUUCUGUGCACUGCACCUCGAAAAUACACGGUUGUCGAUUCAGAGGGCACAGUGAAGUCUCAGUGUUGUAUAGACAUUGUUAUCCGCCAUAAUGCUGUGUCUCUGGGCAACUGUAAUGUUACUGACAAAUUCAGAAUUCAAGUACGCGACCAUUCUACCAAACAGGUGAUAGGAAAAAGAGAUAUGACGGCGACGUUAUGCUCUGACAGACGUGCCGAGCGCGAACGAGUGACGCCAGACCCAGACAGCUUCCAGUCAAUGCCAACACCCAGCGACGCACCCGGCAAGCCCAACUCUCACCAAUAUCCCAUCAUUCAAAAGACAGGACCUGCUCGAACGAACAAUUUAACCGCUAUUAUAAUUGGUGUGCUGUGCAUGGUUGCCUUACUCUGCCCUACCGAGGGCGAAAGCAGUGUAUCUAGUUUCAUCGCGUUUCAUCUGUCAGUCACAAUCAAACUGAUUGCUUCCUAUGUGUUGGGUAAGUAGAAUGACAUCAGUCAUAAAUGCGUUGUACCCAUGUCGGAUUUUGAAAUGUUAUCAACUUGUAAAAAGUAAAACCAGUACUGCAACGAAGAGGUUCAUUCACAUGCCCAGUGCUGAAAAAUAUGAACAUAGAAUAGCUUUUUUGCUGAAGAAUAAUAAAAAAAUUCUAGACUGUCAAUAUUGCCUGUAUUAUUUAA